AUGAUUCAACUCAAGACGAUGCUGAAUUGCAUCGACAACUCAGGAGCCGCCGUUGUUGAAUGCGUUAACGUUUUGAAGAAGAAAAGCCCUGCAACCGUCGAGAGCUCAUGGCUUUUCGCUUUUUACCCAGGUGAUCGCAUUGUCGUCGUUGUCCAGAAGCAGCGCAAUUUCGGCCCCGAAAACUCCACAAACAGCGGCAUUGCCAACAAAGUCCGCCGCGGCGACAUUCGUCAUGCAGUUGUCGUUCGGGCUCGUAAGGAAAUUCAACGGCCGGAUGGAAGUCUUGUGAAGUUUGAUGACAAUGCGUGUGUUCUGGUCAACAAAUCCGGCGAUCCUAUCGGCACUCGAUUGAAUGGUAUUGUCGGAGCAGAAUUACGGGGAAAGCAAUGGUCAAAGAUUCUAUCGCUGGCGCCAAUGCAUUUGUAA